ACUUGUUGCAGAAAAUGGUACUGUGAAUUGAUGUGAUCCUUUUGGACAUGCCUUUUUCUCUUGAAUGAUGAUGAAUGUUUCUAAAUUCUAAACUUCUUAAGGUAGUUAGUUUAUAUCUAUUGGGCUUACUAUUUUUCUUUUAUUAAACGUUAAUGGGCUUAUUCAUCUUAUGAAGCCCUUUAAGUGAUUGAUCAUUUACGAAACUUAUCUCUUCCAUGGGCCAUGGCAUCUCGUGAAUCUCAUCUGAUAGAAGAAAUCGAACGGCUACAAAAUCAUUGGAGACUCUGGUCAAACAAAAUCUGACUUAUAAGUAAUCCAACGGUUGCUCAUAAUUUAAUCCAACGGCUGUAAAUCAAAGGGGGUACAUAUUUGUCCCGAUACGUGUAUGCUACAACUUUUUCUGAGCUCAGCUCUCCCUCCAUUUUUUCUAUGUUCAGUAAAAAUCAAUCAAUCAUCUUCUCUCUCUCUCUCUUGUUUUCAAAUUUGAAAUCAAAUUUGCUCUGUGUCUAACGGAAAUAAAGAAGCAAACUUUCUUAGUCUUUCUACUUCCUAGAGCUCAAAAACUCAAGUCUUACAGCAACUAGUAAUGGAACCGGAAAAUUCCCAACCUUUCACUUUCAGAAGCAACCCGCCGGAUCAGGAACCGGCGGCUGCACAAACUGAAGAUCAUUCUCGAAAAAGGGUUUCUGCUUAUGAUCUUAUGGUAGUGGACAGUGAUUUAGAGGGAGUUGAUAAAAAAAUGGACAAGUUGCGUAAUAUCUUAGAACAGAUUCAGAAGAAAGCUUCAUCAGUUCUUGAGUUCUCGCCUUGGUGGGAAGAAAUCGAUGAGGAAUUGGAUUUGCUAAAGCAACGAGCCAUGGAAGUGGAUUUGAAGGAGGCAUCUCUAAAAACUCAGAUUCUGGAGCUGGAGAAGAAGGAAGAGCGUCUUAAGCUUGUUGAAGAGAGAGCGAUGAAGAUUGAAAUUGAAUCUGAUUUGAAACGGUUUCUGGAAGAAAAUGUGGCGAGAUUGGUUCUUGAGAAGCAGAAUGAAGAAAUGGUGGUUGCUCAGCUUAACGCACAUGAGAAAUUGCUUCAGGGUUCGAUGAAGCUGAAGCAUGAAGAGCUUAUGAGAGAGGUUGAAGCGAGGAGAGAGGAGGUUGCUUUGCUUUCCAAGUCGAUCGAUGCCAAGACUUGUGAUUUAGAUAUGAAAGUGAAGGCCUUUGAUCUGAAGCAAACAACAGAGUCUGAGAGAAUGAGAAUGGAGACUGAGCUGAUUGAAACAUCUCUUAAGCAACUUGAAGCGAGGGAGAAUGAGCUUAGGUUGCUUAAUGAGACCAUCAAAGAGAAAUCGACUGAGCUGGAGAAGAAAGAAGAGAACUUUCAACUGAUACAACAAGCACAAGCCAGAGAUGUGGAAGUUAAGAUUAAGUUUCUUGAGCUAAGGGAGAAGGAACUUGGAGAAAGGGAGAAAGAGCUGGAAUUGAAACAGAGAGAAGUACAAGAACGAUCAAUACAAGCUGGGACUCGAAAGAGAACUAGGGUUGAAUCUGGGCCGUCAUUGGAUGCUGAGUCUCUUACACAACACAACCAAAAUGAUGAAGACAAGGAAAAAGAUUCUGCUUCUGUACUUUCAGCUUCUACAUCUUCUCGUGAAGCACAUGAAGAAGAUAUUGAAGAAGUCGUUGUCUCCAUAGUUAGAGGAACACAUCACAAUGAUGAGGACCAUGAGCCAUUAAUGUGUGUUGUUGAUUCAGAGUUCAAUGAUUUCAGCAAGACAAUGAGCUCUAUCAUGGCUGGUCAAGUAUGGGCUCUAUAUGAUAACAUAGAUUCAAUGCCUAGGUGUUAUGGUCGGAUCAAGAAAGUUAACAAGUGUCAGUCGAGUCUUCAAGUGACAUGGUUAGAACCUAAAGAUGAGGAAUCUGUUCUUGCUGCUUGCGGUAGGUUCAAAUGGGGGAAUACAGAAACCGUAAAAAGCCAUUUGGCCUUUUCCCAUGAGAUACAUCCCAUCAUACGUGGCAAACACUUCAUUGCUGUGAAUCCGAGUAAAGGCGAAACGUGGGCUCUUUUCAGAGACUGGAGCAAAAGCUGGAACAAUAACCGGAAACAGCACAAGCCUCCUUAUAGGUACGACUUUGUGGAAGUUCUAGUCAACGUCGACGAUUGUCUAGGUGUUGGAGUGGCCUAUUUAGGGAAGGUUCAAGGAUUUGCAUCGGUCUAUAAACAAGCUGGGCAGCAUGGAGUCAUCUCAUUCAUGAUCACACCAGAGGAAAUGCAAAGAUUCUCUCACAAAGUGCCGUCAUUUAGGUUGAAUGGAGAGGAGAAAGAGGGAGUUCCUGUUGGUUCUUUCGAGCUAGACCCUGCUGCUAUCCCCAGUUCUAUACUCAAGCAUGAUCGAUCUAUCCGUAAGGAAGCUGAAGAAACAGAAAAACAAAGCGAGGAUUGUGGUAAAACUGGUGAGGUUGAAGAUAAAGAUGGGUCAAGGAAAGAUUUCCCCAUUAUCUUAGAUUGAGGUUGGUCUAUAUUUGAGAGUCUGAUGGUCUUAGUUCUUCUAGUAUGUCGUAUUUUCUACUUCUUGUUGCAGAAAAUGGUACUGUCUUCGUCUCUUGAAUGCUAAUUUCAGGUGGAGUUUA